CGGCUGACUGACGCCUUAGAAAAAAAAUCUAUCAAUCCUAGGGUGGAGUUUUUUUUCCUCCACAAAGCAACUAUUUGCCCGGGACACGUGCGUGAACCUCUUCAAUUUGGCGCACUAAUCCUAAAAGGAGCCAUGAAGUGUUAAAUGGUAGAAACAGAGACAGCGGCGCUCAGACACCCGCACGCUGGGAGAGAGGGAGGAAACAGCGCUGCUCCAAUGCGUCUGUGCAACACAGACUGAAGAAAAAAAAAACUUAUCGACUCACAAAACCAAAACCUGCGCUGCGCAAUUAGUGCGUGAAAAUCCACUUUUUCUCCGGUUUUGAAGAAAAUAAAUAAAGAAAUCAAGCUGGCUCAGUGCGUGUCUCAGCAGCCCACUUUGACAGGUGCUCCUCACCCCCUUUGGAGGACUGUCAACAGCAAGAGGAUGGCAUCAGAGCUGGCAAUGAGCAACUCCGACCUGCCCACCAGUCCCCUGGCCAUGGAAUAUGUUAAUGACUUCGAUCUGAUGAAGUUUGAAGUGAAAAAGGAGCCGGUGGAGCCCGAUCGCAGCAUCAGCCAGUGCAGCCGCCUGGUCGCCGGGGGAUCCCUAUCUUCCACCCCGAUGAGCACGCCUUGCAGCUCGGUUCCCCCCUCGCCAAGCUUCUCGGCGCCCAGUCCGGGAUCAGGGAGCGAACAGAAGGCACACUUGGAGGAUUUCUACUGGAUGACCGGGUACCAACAGCAGUUGAACCCCGAGGCUCUGGGCUUUAGCCCGGAGGACGCCGUAGAGGCGCUGAUCAGCAGCAGUCACCAGCUCCAGACCUUCGAUGGCUAUGCCAGGGGGCAGCAGUUCGGCGGCGCAGCCGGGGCAGGAGGCGCCAUGGCCGGGGAGGAGAUGGGAUCAGCGGCCGCCGUGGUAUCCGCGGUUAUCGCUGCAGCCGCAGCUCAGAACGGGAAUCCCCACCACCACCAUCACCAUCACCACCACCACACAGGGGCACACCAUCCCUCCUCCGGGUCUCAAUCCGGCGGCGGCAUGGGGGGAAACCACCAGCACCUGCGCCUGGAAGACCGGUUCUCGGACGAGCAGCUGGUGACCAUGUCGGUGCGGGAAUUGAACCGGCAGCUCCGGGGGGUCAGCAAGGAAGAGGUGAUCCGUCUGAAACAGAAGAGGAGGACACUAAAGAACAGAGGCUAUGCCCAGUCCUGCCGGUACAAGCGGGUCCAGCAGCGGCACGUCUUGGAGGGAGAGAAGACGCAACUGAUUCAGCAGGUGGACCACCUCAAGCAGGAGAUCUCCCGGCUGGCCAGGGAGAGGGACGCCUACAAGGAGAAAUACGAGAAGCUGAUCAGCACCGGCUUCAGAGAAAACGGAGGAUCCAGCAGCGACAACAACCCCUCAUCCCCGGAGUUUUUCAUGACGUCAAGAAAAUUCCUCCAUCUGUGAUAGAGAGUUGUGACUUCUCCGCCCCACCACCCUGGAGUCUGAGAUAUCAUGACACUGGAAUGCUGAUGUUUCAAGAGUGACCUCCGGCACCCAGACUGCCAUAAAGCACAAUGUCUCAAAAGCGUCCCAACAGCGGCUUCAGGGCAACCAAUCCACAGAAAACCC